AUGCCGACCCUUUCCCUGACCUCCACACAUGCAGUUGUUUCUCAUGGAGAAAAUAUCCAGUUCAGAUGCACAACACCUAAACCAAGAUGCAAUGCUAAUGCUGAAUUCCAGCUCUUUGGAAAUGGUUUAUCUGUAUCCUCCCAGACACAUGUAUCUAGUGUGACUUUCAACCAUAAUGUAGACGUUUCACAUCAAGGCAGCUACAGCUGUCAAUACUCCUACCAAAACAACAUCAAGUCACCUUAUAGCAACACUGUUAAUAUCACUGUGGUGAACUUGCAGCAGCCCAACAUUUCCCACAGUGCUCCUGAUGGACAGUUUGUCGUGGGGUCUCAGGGGCCAGUGAUCACCAGGGGCCACAGUUUCACUAUCAUCUGUUCCACUGAAUCUCAGUAUCCUGGAGGCUCUUUUCACCUGUUCAGAGGGUCAAGCAUCACCAGGAGUGAGUCAGCUGUCAAUCACUCCUCCUCCUUCUCCUUUCCUGAGGCAGAUUAUUCACAUGAGGGAACAUAUAGUUGUGUUUAUGAAGUCAGUGUCUCCUCACGCUCCUUCCGUUCAUCUGCCUCUGAACUGCUGCUCAUCACUAUCACAGGUCUGAGAUUGGUCAGUGGUUCUGAUUCAUGCUGUGGAAGAGUGGAGAUCCGUUAUAAUGGCCAGUGGGGAACCGUGUGUGAUGAUAACUGGGACAUGAAUGAUACUGCUGUGGUGUGCAGACAGUUACAGUGUGGAUCAGCCAUCAGUGCACCUCAAAGUGCCGCUUUUGGUCAAGGCAGUGGAUCGAUCUGGCUGGAUGAUGUUGGAUGCUCAGGAAGUGAAGGAACCCUCACACAAUGUUCACACCGUGGAUUAGGAAGACAUAACUGUAAUCAUGGUGAAGAUGCUGGUGUUGUUUGUUCAGGUGAGCUGCGGAUGCCGACCCUUUCCCUGACCUCCACACAUGCAGUUGUUUCUCAUGGAGAAAAUAUCCAGUUCAGAUGCACAACACCUAAACCAAGAUGCAAUGCUAAUGCUGAAUUCCAGCUCUUCGGAAAUGGUUUAUCUGUAUCCUCCCAGACACAUGUAUCUAGUGUGACUUUCAACCAUAAUGUAGACGUUUCACAUCAAGGCAGCUACAGCUGUCAAUACUCCUACCAAAACAACAUCAAGUCACCUUAUAGCAACACUGUUAAUAUCACUGUGGUGAACUUGCAGCAGCCCAACAUUUCCCACAGUGCUCCUGAUGGACAGUUUGUCGUGGGGUCUCAUGGGCCAGUGAUCACCAGGGGCCACAGUUUCACUAUCAUCUGUUCCACUGAAUCUCAGUAUCCUGGAGGCUCUUUUCACCUGUUCAGAGGGUCAAGCAUCACCAGGAGUGAGUCAGCUGUCAAUCACUCCUCCUCCUUCUCCUUUCCUGAGGCAGAUUAUUCACAUGAGGGAACAUAUAGUUGUGUUUAUGAAGUCAGUGUCUCCUCACGCUCCUUCCGUUCAUCUGCCUCUGAACUGCUGCUCAUCACUAUCACAGAUCUGAGAUUGGUCAGUGGUUCUGAUUUAUGCUGUGGAAGAGUGGAGAUCCGUUAUAAUGGCCAGUGGGGAACCGUGUGUGAUGAUAACUGGGACAUGAAUGAUGCUGCUGUGGUGUGCAGACAGUUACAGUGUGGAUCAGCCAUCAGUGCACCUCAAAGUGCCGCUUUUGGUCAAGGCAGUGGAUCGAUCUGGCUGGAUGAUGUUGAAUGCUCAGGAAGUGAAGGAACCCUCACACAAUGUUCACACCGUGGAUUAGGAAGACAUAACUGUAAUCAUGAUAAAGAUGCUGGUGUUGUUUGUUCAGGUGAGCUGCAGAUGCCGACCCUUUCCCUGACCUCCACACAUGCAGUUGUUUCUCAUGGAGAAAAUAUCCAGUUCAGAUGCACAACACCUAAACCAAGAUGCAAUGCUAAUGCUGAAUUCCAGCUCUUCAGAAAUGGUUUAUCUGUAUCCUCCCAGACACAUGUAUCUAGUGUGACUUUCAACCAUAAUGUAGACGUUUCACAUCAAGGCAGCUACAGCUGUCAAUACUCCUACCAAAACAACAUCAAGUCACCUUAUAGCAACACUGUUAAUAUCACUGUGGUGAACUUGCAGCAGCCCAACAUUUCCCACAGUGCUCCUGAUGGACAGUUUGUCGUGGGGUCUCAGGGGCCAGUGAUCACCAGGGGCCACAGUUUCACUAUCAUCUGUUCCACUGAAUCUCAGUAUCCUGGAGGCUCUUUUCACCUGUUCAGAGGGUCAAGCAUCACCAGGAGUGAGUCAGCUGUCAAUCACUCCUCCUCCUUCUCCUUUCCUGAGGCAGAUUAUUCACAUGAGGGAAACUACAGUUGUGUUUAUGAAGUCAGUGUCUCCUCACGCUCCUUCCGUUCAUCUGCCUCUGAACUGCUGCUCAUCACUAUCACAGAUCUGAGAUUGGUCAGUGGUUCUGAUUUAUGCUGUGGAAGAGUGGAGAUCCGUUAUAAUGGCCAGUGGGGAACCGUGUGUGAUGAUAACUGGGACAUGAAUGAUGCUGCUGUGGUGUGCAGACAGUUACAGUGUGGAUCAGCCAUCAGUGCACCUCAAAGUGCCGCUUUUGGUCAAGGCAGUGGAUCGAUCUGGCUGGAUGAUGUUGAAUGCUCAGGAAGUGAAGGAACCCUCACACAAUGUUCACACCGUGGAUUAGGAAAACAUGACUGUAAUCAUGGUAAAGAUGCUGGUGUUGUUUGUUCAGGUGAGCUGCAGAUGCCGACCCUUUCCCUGACCUCCACACAUGCAGUUGUUUCUCGUGGAGAAAAUAUCCAGUUCAGAUGCACAACACCUAAACCAAGAUGUAAUGCUAAUGCUGAAUUCCAGCUCUUCCAAAAUGGUUUAUCUGUAUCCUCCCAGAAACAUGUAUCUAGUGUGACUUUCAACCAUAAUAUAGACAUUUCACAUCAAGGCAGUUACAGCUGUCAAUACUCCUACCAAAACAACAUCAAGUCACCUUUGAGCAACACUGUCAACUUCACUGUGGUGAACUUGCAGCAGCCCAGCAUUUCCCACAGUGCUCCUGAUGGACAGUUUGUCGUGGGGUCUCAGGGGCCAGUGAUCACCAGGGGCCACAGUUUCACUAUCAUCUGUUCCACUGAAUCUCAGUAUCCUGGAGGCUCUUUUCACCUGUUCAGAGGGUCAAACAUCACCAGGAGUGAGUCAGCUGUCAAUCACUCCUCCUCCUUCUCCUUUCCUGAGGCAGAUUAUUCACAUGAGGGAAACUACAGUUGUGUUUAUGAAGUCAGUGUCUCCUCACGCUCCUUCCGUUCAUCUGCCUCUGAACUGCUGCUCAUCACUAUCACAGGCUCCCUGCUUCCUGUAAUCGGUUCUGCAGUGUCAGCUGUGCUGCUCUUGUUGUCUGUCCUCAUAAUCAUCCUCCUGCUGAAGAGAAGACAAAAGCAAAGAAACAAGGAAUGUCUUUCGAAGUGCUCUUUUACUAAGGGUGCAGCUAACACAUAUGCAGGUGCAUCCCAUGAUAACAAAAAUAAAGAAGAUGAUAAGGCUGGUUAUGAAAAUGUAGAACUUCGUGAAUACAUGGAUCAUGAUGAUUUAUAUUAAUGUGGACUCUAAUCAUUCUAAACAUGAUUUUAAUAAUCCUGGUGACUCUGAAGAGUAUUGUUUCAAUGUGAAUGAUAUAGAAAAUUAAAGUGUGGUAGACAAAUCUGAUGAUAACAUUUAUGAAAGCUGUUGUGAAUAAUGACUGGUUUUGGCCUACCUGAAGGAUAUUGUCACAAAUCUGGCUGGUGACCUUCAGUCCACUCACCACCAGAUGUCACCUGCUAAUUCCAUUAACAUUCACAUUACACAGACUGUUGCACCAUACCCCGGACUAUGUUCCCCAUCAUCCAUUGUGCUGAUCACCUGCAUCCAAUCAGAGACUCUAUGUUUUGUAUUUACAUUUGUACAGAGCCUUUACCUAGUUAUCUGUGUUUUGUCUAGUUCUCUGAGGUUUGGUAUUCUCGCCUGGUUAUCUCGUUUUGUCUGUUUCACUGCCUGCCCUUUGGAUUUCUUGCAUGUCUUAUCAGAUUACCCUGAAGUGAUUUGCAAAUACAAAACUCUAUCUCUGUCUACAAAACUCUUUCUGAGAAAAAAUGCAGUGGUAUGGAGAAAAAUAUGUAUUGUGUGUUACAACUGUGAGACUUGUUUGCCUUUUUAUGAGGAAACUUGGCUUGAUUUUCUCACAAAUGUGUGCAGGCAAAUGUUCUCACAAAUGCAACUGUGCAACUUCCUUUUCCAAAAACAGCAGAUGGCACUGAUGGUCCAUUUACACUAGUCUCCUGAGACCUGAAACACCCGUUUACCUUUUCAGGGAAUACAGCAGACCAACAUGAGUGGGGAAAAGAUGAGUUUCUGUCUUACUUUGUCUAUAAUUAACCAUUUAGAUGUUUUCACAAAGCCACCCUAUACUACAAUGUCAGUGAAAUUUGCAAUAAGUGCUGUAAAGUUGUUAACAUGAUUGAUUAGGUCAUAAAUCAGUAGAGACAUGGCUAAACAUUUAAUUAGGCAGUCUUUCCCUGUGAAAACUCAUCCAUUUCCCGUACUUCUUAUCUUCCAUUGGAUUGCGGGAUGUAGAAUAUAUACAUAUGUUGAUACAAUUGUUCAACAUUCAAAACAACACUGGGGUAUAAUAACAAUACAUCAUGAAUUGGUUUAUUUAAAAGUAGACAUUUCAAGCACCUUGUUUGUUUUCUUUAUUUUACAAAAGCACAUUGUUUUGUUGUUAUUAUGACUAUAUACAAAUAAAAGUAGACCCUUUGUAGUUUCUAACAAUGCCAUGCUCAUAUCUGUAUUUUUAGUUCUUUUCAUGGUCAUCAAGAAAGCGUGACAAAACGCGCUUGCUUGGUCUUCAACCCCAGUUUUCAAUUUAGUAUUAUAUCAGCGUGAACUUGAUACUUUUCCCCAACUCACAGGACAAAAGUGACUCCAGAAAAGAAAUAUUCAUCAUUUUGCUUAGUUAAAAAAAUACAUCAUUAUUUUAGACACAAAUGAUUGCAUAGUGUUACAACGUUUAAAACGUUUUAGAUAUUGUACUAAAUAAUGUGAUUUGUUGAUUUUUUAUUAAUAAUUAAUUUUCUCUUGGGUAAUAUUACCAUAUCUGAUACUAAAUUAAAUUGUCUAAGCUUUUAUUAUUGGUACACAAUAUUGUCACUCUCCAUAAUACAUUUGCAUUUUAGUAUUACAAUAUGUGACAUGAUAUAUUGUUAUUAUAGCCCUGCGUUGUUUUGA